AUGGAUUUAACCUCAGCCCUUCAAGAAAAACUUGCAGAUUUCCUGAACGAUGAAGACAGAUCACAUAUUUUGUUAGCAAACGAAAAAGAGUGUGUAGAAGAAUUAAAAACCAAAUUUUCUGAAAUGCUUCAAGCUAUAGCUAACCGUGGUGCUACUGCAAAGCUAUGGAUUCAAUACUUCGAAAUGGUUACGCUUGUUAAACUAUUCAUUGAAGCUGAAAGAACAGGAAACUGGAAUCUCCAUCUACAAGUCGUCUACCAAAUGCUCCCGUACUUCCAUGCUAGCGGACAUUUUCUGUAUGCCAGAUGUUGUCACCUCUACCUACAAGACAUGCACAGUUUAAAAGAUAAAAUGAGCGCUCAGGAAUACGAAAUGUUCACGGGUGGCGGGUUCACAGCACGAAGGACUAGCAAAUUCUGGUGUGGAACAUGGACCGACAUGACCAUUGAGCAGUCCUUAAUGAGGAUAAUGAAAAUUACUGGAGGGCUGACUCAUGGUCGUGGGGUUAGUGAAAGUAUCCUCUGUAAGUGGACUAAAGGAAUGACUUCCCUUCAAAAUAUUUGUGAGGAAAUGGAGAAGAUGUGUGGAGUAGCAUUCACUAGCUCAGAACAGCAUGUGGAGAUGAGAGAAUCAAGAAUUAAAAGGGAUACAAGUGAUUCGAAAAAUUUUAUGGACUGGUUUACGCAACACCAUCCUUUUCCUAAUGUUGGAGACAUCUUAUCUCUUACCACUGGUGUUGUAGGAGAUAGCACCAUAAACUGUCACAUGGCCAAAGCGUUUGGACUUCUCUCAGUUGAUAGGAUUGUGGGCGGUGAUUUUGAAACUGUCAUAUUCUACAUGAAAGACAGAUUUUUGCCUCUUGCUACGAUGAAAAAUGCAAUCAAAAUAAGUGAUGAAACCAUCCCCAAAGAAUCACAAUUGCUAAACAAUCUGAUGAAGAAUUUGAAGAAUUCUUAA